CGCUCUCUUCCCGCACCCUCCGCCUCCCGCAGCAUCACCUCAUCCACCCAACGCUCCGGAGACGGCCAUCCUCCCUCCCUCCACCAAUGCCUCGUGCCAGGGGAGCGUUUGGGAAACGGUCGGCGGAGGGCACUGCAGAUGGCACGCCGCCAGUCGAGCGAUGGGGUACGGCGACGAGCACCUGCUGUUCAGGGAUGACGUUUAUGAAUCCCUCGACCCCAACGAGCCACAGCAGGCUGCACUCCGUCGUCAAAUCUAUCCAGGCGGGGUAAGACCAAAGGCACCUGCAUGGGAGAUCUUCACUCAGGCGUGCGACGAAGAGCUGUGGAUGAACAGCGAGAUGCUGGAGUACCUCAAUAUUUACUGUGAGGCAAGCAUCGCUGUCAUCAACGCCAGCGACCCAGCACAAUCGUACACCCUUGAGUGGCCUGGGGCUACGGAGACUGUCGGGAUGGUCUUCUAUCCAGAGGAGAAGCACUGGCGGGGCUGCGAGGUCCACGACGACCCAGCUCUGCUGCCUCCUAGGCCUGCCCACCUCCUUGAAGAAACGUCGUUCAAGGGUACUCGAUAGCUUUGAUGGAUGAGGAAUCAGAGUUCAUGUCCUCCUCCUUAUAAUGUGCAGCACUUCGAUCCAAAUUGAUCGACCUAGAGGGACGAAGCUGAAGGAGACACAGGCUCGAGUUCGAGAAACCGCAUGCAGUAGGGACAAAGAGAAGGUCUGAGCGCAGGCUCGUCUAGCCGAGCGAAACCUCAACACAACCUUCUUCCAGCCUCGCCUGAUAGCCAUGGC